GCUAGCCUUGGUCUCUCUCUUUUUUCUUUUUUUUUUUCUUUUUGCAGCGUUUAAGUGCUCGUAACGCAUAAGUGUCCAUUUGAUAUUUUUCUUGGCCGUAUGUAACAUAGUUCACCUCUUGACGGUUUACUGCUCGUGCAAAUGACAGUGUUAUUUUUUUUAAAAGGCUGUCUCCCGUUCUACAGACUCUUAAGGCGGGCAGCGUGAGCGUGGAGACUGAGUAAAUGUAGCGGUGCCAGCCUUAUUAGGGAGCGCGUUGUUCUUUUGCCAAGAAUCCGGGAAUAUCUGCAGACUUGUAUAUUAGCGUGAGCUUAUGUCAGAUUUAGAAAUCAGUUCUGCAGUUUUGGAUGAUUCAGAGAGAAGGAAUUAUUUUUAAAGCUCAUGCUAAAACUACAUUUCCAAUAUUGUAAUGGAAAUGUUUGUUUUCUAGGGUGGAAGUGCUUCUAUCGUUGAUGGCUUUAACUGACCCUCAGGAGGGGAAGCUGACUCAGUCUCAAGAGAAAGCGUUACAUUCGUUGGGUAUUUGGAAAACCAUAUUUGCUGGUGUUCCUGGACCUACAUCAUAGACAUCAGUGGAGUGACAGCCCAAAGAUGGGAGAUCAAGAUGCAGGUGAACCCUUUCUGGGUAUAGUGGCUGGUGGUACCACAGACUACGAAGGAGUUCUGCCCUCUGACACAGUAUCACUCAGCGAUUCUGAUUCCGAUGACUUUGGGUUAGCGGAUGAAGCUGAAGUUGAUACAAUAUCUCCUGAGGAGCCAUCUGUAGAUGAUGGGGGUUACCAAUCAGGGGAGACCUCCGACUCUUCAAACAGCCGUUGUAAAUCUCCCAUCCAGCCAUUCCACUUGAGAGGCAUGAGUUCUACAUUCUCUCUCCGUAGCCAGAGCAUUUUUGAUUGCUUGGAAGAGGCAGCCAAACUGUCUGUGCCCUCAUUGCCUGAAGAUAAUGUUGUUGAUGGUAGGUUUAAACGUCCUUUGCCUCCAACCACUGUUUCAAGUAACAUGGUUCCAGAAAGCCCUGGAAAGCAAACCAAACCAGUGCAGGCUCCCAAAAUUUCUGCUGCAGUUCCUGACUAUGUGGCACACCCAGAGCGCUGGACCAAGUAUAGCCUAGAUGGCGUUUCAGAGUCUAAUGACAAGACUAACAGGGCAGUGGCCAUGGAGUUUCUAGAGGGUUUGAAGAAAAGAGGAGAGGAACAAAGCUCAGCUGCCCACGAUAGCUACACCCCAUACUUCAACCAGGACCCCUCCAGCUGUGGUGCUGGAAGGAUUAUCUUCACCAAACCAACAAAAAGGGGCGUUGAUGGACUGGAAAAGAAAGUGUCAGCAGGGGAGGAUCAUAAGAAACACACAAAAACAGAUCUGAGAGGAAAAUCUCCUAAGAAGACUGAUGACUUGAGGGAGGAAGAUAAGAUAGAGUUGGGGCAUUUAGACGAUGCAAGUGGGAAGGCAACAGAGGAAGAGGGGUGCCUGAUGAUGGGGGACCUAAACAGAGAAGGUAAACUUAGUGCAAGGUUUAGUGAUGCAGAUGAAGAGCCAUUGGUGGAAACGGUUGGAUUCCAUUGCAGUAAGAAGAGGAACAGGAAAAAUUUCCGACCUAAAGUAGACCAUGAAGAGGAAGAGGAGUCCUGAAGGGUGGAGCAAAACUAGAGACAUCCAAGGACUUGUAUUGUUCUAGGAGAUCACCUUUGGAUAUGUUUGCUUUUUCUUAGCCCCUUUUUUUUUGAUCAGGAAACCAGGUGAUAGCUAACAGUUUGCAUCAUAGCAUCCAAGUCCAUUUUAUAUUGUUAGAAAUUAAGCUACCCAAAGUUCAUUCCAUACUUUUUGUUCUUGACCCUGGGCACAGGAUAACUGCACCUUAGCAGGAGAGAAAGUAGCAUGCUUUCUUUACUUGAACAGCUCCCUGGGGCUUGCUCUGGAGCUGUGGUAGUCCUGAACACCAAAGAGAAAGUUGUUAGCUUAAAGGCUGUAAGGAGGAUAAUGAAAUAAAGUCAUUCUACUCGGUCACAAAUUUGAACUUGUCCCCUAGUCCUGUAGACUCCUGGAACAAAUGUGACGAGCUCAUUAUGUAAAGAUUUUUAAAGAAUGGGAAGGGGAAAAAAAAACAAACCCUAGUCUUCCACUGGAUUCGAUUUCUCUUGGCCCUGUCCCAGGAAGGAACCCCCCCCCACACACACACACUUUUUUUUUUUUUUUAAAUACAUUCUAGGACACAGGUGGGAACUGGCAAACUGAAUUUUUUUAAGGUUGUCUUACUACUUGACUUAUUUCAGUAGUGUUAUAUGAUAAACAUAUAAAGAAACUCAGUGUCUCCUGGGGACAGGAACAACUUUGGAAACAUCCUGGUGAAAGCAGAUUCAGGAUGACUUUGGUCAAGUCCCACCACGUUGAAUAGGUUAGACUUUGCAACAACUUUUCCUCUUGGUGGUAUGGUGUGAUGUGAUGAUUUUUGGCCUGCACAUUAGUAUAUCUAUUCCAGGUGACGCUGCUUACACAUUGAUUCGUUGUGUGGAUUGGAAUGGAAUGAAGUACUCAUUAUCAGAGCUGGAUACUUUUUUUUGUUCUCUGGAUGUCAAUAAACUUUCAGUUGUAGCUUGA